AUGGAAACUACUGGGUUAUCUUCCUCAGAAUAUUUUAUUUUUGUUUUCCUGCUUCAGAUGAUAACGCUAAGCUCUGAACAGUUCACAGUGAGUGCACAAAGGGGAACAAUUGUGGUUCCAGUGAGUGAGGUGGCUGAGCUCAGCUGCCAGUUGUCACCACCACAGAGUGCAGAACACAUGGAGGUGCGCUGGUUUCAGGACCGCUACACGCAACCUGUUCACCUGUACAAGGGUGGUAAAGAUCUGUAUGGGGAAACUAUCUCCAAAUAUGUGGAACGAAUAGAUUUCCUGAAAGAAGCCAUUGGAGAGGGAAAAGUGACUGUCAGAAUUCUUAAUGUCAAUGUUGAUGAUAAUGGACAAUACCAUUGCCUCUUCAAAGAUGGUGAUUUCUAUGAUGAAGCUAUCAUUGAACUGAAGGUUACAGCCACAAGCUUACAAACACAGAUUUUUGUGCAUCCUCCAAAUUUAAAAGGAAUUACAGUGGAGUGUUAUUCAAUAGGCUGGUUUCCAGAGCCUCAAAUGGAAUGGAGAAAUACCAAAGAAGAGAUAAUUCCACCUACAUCAAUAUCCCACUCCCAGGAUAGUGCCAAGUUGUUCAAUAUGAAGAUGACUCUUCUCCUUACAGGUGACUUCCGUAGAGAUAUCACUUGCUGUCUUCAAAACCCAGUAACUGGUCAAAGAGAAAGAACAAGCAUAAUCCUAUCAGGUCGCUGUUGCAGCAAGAAUUCUCCUGUUUUAAUGGGUCUGCUUAUAAUCAUGAGUUCAGCCAGUGUAAUCUGUGGGCUCAUUACCUAUCUGCAUCUCAAAAAAAGAGUUCCUGUUUCUGACCCAAAUUCUCCGUUGUAUAUUAUGUGGUUGGAAGAUAUAUCUGUUAUCCUGUGUAUGCUGAUGGUCGUCAUCAUUGUCCCCAUCUGUUUUAUUUACUUCAGAUUGAGAGCAUAUAGAAAUGAACCGAUCUGA